CCCCGCGACCCGGGCGGGCGGACGGGCGAGGGAGCCGAUCUGGCACAAAUGAUAAACCUGAAGGUGGGGCGGGAAUGCAUUGAGGUGUGAGAGUCAUUGGGACAGUUUGCGGGGUUCCUUGCGGUGUCAUGUUGUGGACUGGAAAAUUCUGGUGUCAGGAGGAGCUGGGUUCAAGCGCAGAAUCCCCGCAGAAGGGCUCUGUUGAGAGACGAGAAUGGUCAGAUUGCCAGCAUCUGUGAGCCCACCUCAGUGUUCCUGGGGCUGAGGCUUGGCCAGCAGCCAUGGGGCUAGACUGGCCUCAAGCCUGGCUGUUGGGCCUGCCCACAGCUGUGGUGUACGGCUCCUUGGCCCUCUUCACUUCCAUCCUGCACAAUGUGUUCCUGCUGUAUUACGUGGACACCUUUGUCUCGGUGUAUAAGAUCAACAAAGUGUCCUUCUGGAUUGGAGAGACUGUAUUUCUCCUCUGGAACAGCUUCAACGACCCCCUCUUCGGCUGGUUCAGUGACCGCCAGUUUCUCAGCUCCCAGCCCCGGUCAGAGGCUGGGCUCUCCUCCAGAGAUGUGGUGCUGGCACGGGUGCGGGCUCUGAGCUGGCAUGGGCCACUGCUGGCGCUGUCCUUCCUGGCAUUCUGGGUGCCCUGGGCCCCAGCUGGCGUGCAGUUCCUACUGUGCCUGUGCCUUUAUGACGGCUUCUUGACACUUGUGGACCUCCACCACCAUGCCCUGCUGGCUGACCUGGCUCUCUCAGCCCACGGCCGCACACACCUCAACUUCUACUGCUCCCUCUUCAGUGCAGCUGGCUCCAUGUCCGUCUUUGCCUCCUACGCCUUUUGGAACAAGGAGGACUUCUCCUCCUUCCGUGCCUUCUGCGUGGUACUAGCUGCUGGCUCUGGGCUGGGCUUUCUGGGGGCCACACGAUUGUUGAGGCAACGGAUUGAGGUAACCAGGAGGGAAAGGGGCUGCUCAGACCCGGUCGUGGACGGUGGAGCCUGUGAAGACGAGCUGCUGGUGGGUGGUGAGGAAGCGGGCAGCAUCAGCUUGGGCCAGUACCUCCGGCAGCUGGCACGACACCAAAACUUCCUGUGGUUCGUGGGCAUGGACCUGGUACAGGUGUUUCACUGUCACUUCAACAGCAACUUCUUCCCCCUCUUCCUGGAGCACCUGCUGUCGGACCGCAUCUCCCUCUCCACAGGCUCUUUCCUGCUGGAAGUGGGGCCCUCUUCCCUCCUCAGGCGUCUCCUAUGUUGCUCCUCAUCUGAACAACCUGUACUUCCUGCCCCUGUGCCGGCGCUGGGGCGUCUAUGCCGUGGUGCGGGGGCUCUUCCUGCUCAAGCUGGGGCUCAGCCUCCUCAUGCUCUUGGCUGGCCCAGACCGCCCUGGCCUGCUUUGCUUCUUCAUUGCCAGGGCACCUGUAAGCUGCUGACCCUGGUGGUCACUGACCUGGUGGAUGAGGACCUGGUGCUGAACCAUCGGAAGCAGGCGGCCUCGGCGCUUCUCUUCGGUAUGGUUGCCCUGGUGACCAAACCUGGCCAGACCUUUGCCCCGCUGCUGGGCACCUGGCUUCUCUGCUUCUACACAGGUCAUGACCUUUUUCAGCAGCCCCCGAUGAUGUCAGUGGGGAGUGUCCCGCCAUGGCCGGAGCCGCCGGCCCCGGCCCCAGCGCAGGCUCCAACACUCCGCCAGGGCUGCUUCUACCUGCUGGUGCUGGUGCCUGUCACCUGUGCGUUGCUGCAGCUCUUCACCUGGUCCCGGUUCACGCUGCACGGGAGACGCCUACGUGUGGUCAAAGCCCAGCGACAGAACCUGGCUCAGACGCAUACGCUGGACAUUAAGACAGUGUGAGAAGUGUGCAAAGCCUCUCUGCUGACCUCACUGUCCUCGUCCCGGCAGGGCCCUCCCUUGCUGGCCAGCAUCCGGCUUCUUCACCCCUGGGUGCCGCCCAGAGAGAGAGCAGAUGGCGUGGGGCAGCUGCUCGGGCGGUACCGGGUACCUCACUGAGGUCUCCCCUUCUUUAGCUGGCCGACUCAGCCUGGGCGAGGGCGAGGCCGUAUGUGCUCAGGAACUGUGACUCUGUGGGGCAAGAAGGAAGGGGGACCAGGAAGGGCCCGGCUGGUGUGGUACACAGGGAGCUGCUGGGGUCCUGUAGCUGGGGCUCGACACUGAGGUUUGGGAAGUUUGCACACUGUGACUCCUUUCGCCCAAGUCAGGUGAAGCUGACUGAAAGUGCCACUUGCCCCUCCUCCUAGAAGUUUCCCUCAGGCAUCUCUGCUUCAACUUGAAGCAGCAUGCCCUCCAUGCUCUAGGCCCAGCAGGCCUUGAGAUUCAAGAGGCUCAUCUCACUGCAGAAGUAAAGCCAGUCAUUCCUA